GCUGUCGCUGCCCCAGCCAAAGAGACACACACAUACACACACACAGACACACAAACAGUGCCGCAGUUGGAGGACACACUCCCUGUAACAGUUGGCCUUUAUCCAGAUUACGGAUAUUUUAACACAACACGAAGCUGAACCGAUGCAAAUAUCAGAUCGUAGAAAGCAGAGGGAUGCUGCAGAGUAACGUCAGAGCAGGACAGGACCUGGAUACACAGCAGCAAGGACAGAAAACACGUCAAAACAGAGUGUCUCUGCUGGCCGGCCGUCAGACUGGUGUUGAGUUUCGCCGUGCUGGAGUCAAGGUCAGCGUGGACGUUGACUUCAGGAGGGGCUGGUGAUGCUCUUUCUGCUUCAAGACGAGGCCCUCAGUGUGGGUGUGAGUGUGAGUUCCUGCUGAACGUCUGCUGGCCUGUCUGGAAAAAUCCUCCUCGCUGAACCUGGAACAGCUCACUUCCUCUUCUUCAUCAAUUCAGUAGACUAGAGGUGAUUUACGUUGCUGUAGCAGCCGUGGAUCGACGCAGGAAGAGGCGCACAUCACAUGGGAGUGCGUGACUGCGUUGUGUGUGAGGGUGUGUGUUCAGGCCUCCUGCCGUCGCCCGCUCGUCCCGGACAGGCAUGGCGGGGGUCAGAGAGCGUGGCGGCUCCCGGAUACAGAGGCCGUGGUCGGUGUACCGGGCCAGCACCUUCGAGCUGUCCAACGAGAUGAUCGGAUUGGCUCUCGCAGGAAACAGUCAGGACCCAGAUGAGCCAGUGCUCGAGUUCAGUGUGGCCUGCACGGACCUGCUGACUCCUGCUUUGGACAGAAAACCCAACAGCUUUGUAGCAGUGAGCUGCACGACACCGCCGCAGGCCUUCUGGACCAAACACGCCCAGACUGAGGUCAUAGAGGGCACCAGUAACCCCAUCUUCCUCAGCAGCAUCGCCUUCUUCCAGGACUCCAACAUCAACCAGCAGACGCAGGUCAAACUGGCCGUCUACGAUGUCAAGGACCGCUCGCAGGGCACGAUGUACAUGUUGGGCUCGGCACUUUUUCCUGUGAAGGAGCUGUUGCAAGAGAGGAGCCACAGAUUAGAUCUGGAGCUGAGAUCAGCGGAGAACCAGCGGGUAGGCAACGUGACCAUCGCUGCCUGGCAGAUGGAGGAGAGACAGGAUCAGAGGAUGUCGGUCGGCCGCCUGCCAGACAGCAUCAACGGGCGGACAAUGUUGCCUGUUGACGAGAGCCUCGCCGAGUCGAUGGGAGUCCGAAUCAAGUACUCCUCGCUAUGCAAAGACACACUGCUGCGCUCAGUGUUCGGAGGCACGAUGUCCAGGAUGUACCGCUUCCCCACGACUGAUGGGAACCACCUACGGGUGCUGGAGCAAAUGGCCGAGAGCGUCCUGUCACUGAACAUUCCCCGACAGUUUGUCAAGCUGCUGCUGGAGGAGGACGCGUCCAGGGUGUGUGAGCUGGAGGAGCUGGGAGAGUUAUCGCCCUGCUGGGAAAACCUGCGGAGACAGAUUGUCUCUCAGUACCAGACCAUAAUACUCGCGUACCAGGAAACACUGACAGACCUCAACGACUACAGAGGUCCUUCGUUCAAAGCCAGUAACCUGAAGGCUGAAAGGAAGCUUGAGUUCAUGCCAACCAACCUACACGUCCAGAGGAUGAGGGUGCAGGACGAGCUGGGUUUUGAACACACGUACGAUGUGAUAACAAUCGGAGCUCCUGCCGCUCACUGCCAAGGCUUUAAAAACAGCGGUUUGAGGAAACUCAUCCAGAAGUUUGAGGAGGCAAAGAAACACGAAUAUGAGGAGGGAUGCAGCGCCCUCUCCAGCUCGCAGUCCAUCGUCUACAUUCCCCAGGACAUCGUCAGAGCCAAAGAGAUCAUCGCCCACAUCAACACGCUGAAGACUCAGGUCAGCUACUACGCCGAGAGGCUGUCCCGAGCCGCCAAGGACCGAUCUGCCAGCGGACUGGAGAGGACACUCGCUAUUCUGGCUGAUAAGACUCGUCAGCUGGUGACAGUUUGUGACUGUAAGCUGCUGGCUUCGGCCAUUCAGGCCCUGAACGCAGCGCGGCCCGAGUACAUCGCCUCUAAAGCCUCACCGUCGGCCGACUCGGAACAAGUGGUCCUGCGCAACGACCAGGACACGCUUCUAGCCAAGUGGAGCGGUCGCAACAGCCGGUCCUCGCUACAUGCAGACUGGCAUGAAGAGGAGUGGGAGAAGGUUUGGCUGAAUGUGGAUAAGUCUUUGGAGUGCAUCAUCCAGCGGGUGGACAAGCUGCUUCAGAAGGAGAGGAGACCCAGCGUCAGCAGUCAGGACAGUUCACAGAUUGACCUGCAGGGCGGCGCCACGAAGAAAGAUGAUGAAAAAGGAGGCGCUUUCUGGAUCAACCCAGGAAGUCAGUCACAGGAUUCUCCCUCAUCUCAACCGCCAUCAUCAUCAUCAUCAUCACCACCACCACCCUCUUCCUCUCCACCCGCCCUCUCCUCUGCACGCCCUCCCAGCCCUGAAAAAGAAUCCUAUGGAAGCCCCAGUGCUGAGGAGGCGUACCCAGGCGAGUGGAGCGAGGCGUUGUACCCUCUCCUCACCACGCUCACAGAGUGCGUCGCCAUGAUGAGCGACACGGCCAAAAAGUCAAUGGUCUUCCUGCUGAUGCAGGACAGCGCCCCGACGAUAGCCAUGGACCUGUCGCUGCAGUACCGCCGCGAUGUCGUCUUCUGCCAGACGCUCACCGCUCUCAUCUGCGGCUUCAUUAUUAAACUGAGGAACUGUCUCCGUGACAACGGAUUCCUCCGACAGCUCUACACCAUCGGCCUGCUGGCUCAGUUUGAGUCCCUGCUCAGCACCUAUGGAGAGGAGCUGGCCAUGUUGGAGGACAUGAGCGUCGGCAUCAUGGAUCUCCGUAACGUCACCUUUAAGGUGACCCAGGCCACCGGCAGCUCCGCCCCCGACAUGCUGCCGAUCAUCACGGGGAACCGGGACGGCUUCAACGUUCGCAUCCCGCUGCCGGGAACCAUGUUCGACGCGCUGCCGCGGGAGAUCCAGAGCGGCAUGCUGCUGAGGGUCCAGCCGGUGCACUUCAACGUCGGCAUCAACGAGCAGCAGACACUGGCAGAGAAGUUUGGAGACACGUCCCUGCAGGAAAUCAUUAACCUGGAGAGUCUUUCCAGACUAAAUUCAUACUACGAACAGUUCAAAGAAGUCCUGCCUGAGGACUGCCUCCCGAGGUCUCGGUCUCAGACUUGUCUCCCUGAGCUGCUGAGGUUUCUGGGGCAGAACGUCCACGCCAGGAAAAACAAGAACGUGGACAUCCUCUGGCAGGCGGCCGAGAUCUGUCGCCGGCUGAACGGGGUUCGCUUCACCAGCUGCAAAAGCGCCAAAGACCGCACGGCCAUGUCGGUGACCCUGGAGCAGUGCCUGAUCCUGCAGCACGAGCACGGCAUGGCGCCGCAGGUCUUCACGCAGGCCCUCGACUGUAUGCGCAGCGAGGGCUGCCGGAGAGAAAACACUGUGAAGAACGUCGGAUGCCGAAAGUACGCUUUUAACUCCCUGCAGCUCAAGGCCUUCCCCAAACACUACCGACCGCCCGACGGCACCUUCGGUAAAGUCGAGACCUGAUCGGACCACGACGAGCUCUGCGCCGGGGGGGGGAAGUUACAGAGCGAUAUUAAUGGACAGUUUGGGUACAAUCAGAGAUACUGUGUUGAGAAACUACCAUCAUGUCUGUCUGGUUUCACAGGAUUUAGAUUAGAUUUAUCCGGCGGUGAACAGUCACCGCCUUCCCGAAGAACCUCACACCUCACACCUUAUUAUAACAACUGUUCCUGUUCUGCAGUAGUUGUUGUGCAGAACACACGGAACAUAAGACUGUUUCCUCUCGUAGCAGAAGUGUAAAUCUCUCGGGUUUUGAAUUUUUAGUACAGAACUGUACGUGCACAGCACUGCCUCACCCUGAUCGAGCACUGAUAUAACCAGGAUCAACCACGCAAACAUCUUCAUUUUGAACAAUGGAAAAUAUGUAUAAUUGGUAAUCCAUUGUCAGCCCAACAAAUUAGUCAUGAAUUAAACAGGAAGAGAUCAAGCAUUCUUUGGGGGACUAUUUUCAGCUGAGGUUGGAGCUACAUUUGUAGAGUGCAGCUGUGUGGCCUCAUCGGUUCAUUAUUCCAUCUGUGGUUUUGGUGUUUUCACAGGAAUGUGAUAAUAUAAAAAACACUGGCCUUAUUUUUUAGACUGAAGUGAUAGAGAGUUGUCAGCGCGUCCUGUGUCCUCACAUUUCCUUUUUAUUUUAGCGAUCGGACACGUGCUGCAACAUAAACAUCUAAGAAACACAGCCAUUCGUCGCUAGAGUUAAACCCGCCGACCGACGAUGGUGCUCACCUGUGUAUUCAUCUAACAGUGAUGUCUUUAGUAUGUACGCAUCAAAUGAAACAAGAACAGGUAAAUAAAAGUAUAUGAAUAAAUAAAAAGGUCAACCUCCAUUCAUAUUUUCAGCUGUAACACUGAAAGAUAUAGAUUGUUCUCACCUGAUCCUGGUACAAGCGCUGUGGGCAUUUCAUUUAUAAAGGACAAAUGGGAGCUUUUGUUUGUAUUCUGUCACUUAUUCGUAGUUUAUUCCCCCCCACGACUGCCUGCAGUGACCGAUCUGUACCACACGGUGGAGUCGCUGCUCCUCACUGUGAAACCUCAUCACUGCUCCCUCAUGUGUGACUUUGACACUGAGGUGAACUUCUUACUGUAACGUGAACCACACUGUCAGAUUAAACCGCCGACGGCAAUCCUACUGCAGAUGACCUAGAAAUACACGUACCGCUGUUUUUUUUGACAUUUUAUUUGAGAUUACAAAACCUCCCGUCACUCUAGGGAGGUUGUGAUGUUGCUGUAUAUUAUAACUUGUCAAUACAUGAAGCUGAAAUAAAUUUAAAGGCUUU